GAGACUCUUUGUUUUCUCUCCUCUAAUUCUCAGAUACGCACAUCGCGCGACACCAUGUCUUCCGACAAAGGACAAUUCGAGCAGGGCUUCCAGCCUGAUGUUCAACAUCAGCAGGCCCCGGGCCUCCAGUCAAAGCUCGACCCCAUGCCCAAGGUUGAUGAGCUACCCACACCUGAAGGCGGUGCGGAGAAGUACAAGGCCGCCGGCAAGCUCAAGGGCAAGAAGGCCAUCAUCACGGGCGGAGACUCUGGCAUUGGCCGCUCGAUAGCUGUCUUGUUUGCCAUGGAGGGCGCUGACAGCUUCAUUGCCUAUCUUCCUGAAGAGGAGAAGGACGCCCAAGAAACCAAGAAGAUGGUUGAAGAGAAAGGCCAAAAGUGCCACACUCUUGCCGUCGACCUAAAGGCCAAGGAGAACUGCAAGAAGGUGAUUGACGAGGCUCUCAAGGCCAUGGGUGGUAUUGACAUUCUGGUCAAUAACCACGCUUACCAGAUGAUGGUAAACGACAUUAACGAUCUGUCCGAGGACCAAUGGCUCCACACCUUCGACACCAACAUCCACCCCUUCUUCUUUCUCUCCAAGUACGCCCUGCCGCACAUGAAGCGCGGCGCUACCAUCAUCAACAACGCCUCGAUCAACGCCUAUGUCGGUCGUCCAGACUUGCUCGAUUACACCUCGACCAAGGGUGCCAUUGUCGCUUUCACCCGCGGUCUGUCCAAUCAAUACGUCGGACGCGGCAUUCGUGUAAACGCCGUUGCUCCCGGCCCUGUGUGGACACCACUGAUCCCUGCCACCAUGAACGACGAGGCCAUCAAGCAGUUCACUGCGCCAAUUGGCAGACCCUCACAGCCUAGCGAGAUUGCUACUUGCUUUGUCUUCUUGGCGAGCAACGACAGCAGCUCCAUUAGUGGUCAGACCAUUCACGCCAACGGCGGUACUAUUGUCAACGGCUAAGCGUGUGGUAUGGCUGCAUGGCGGCUGCUUUUCCGAGACCCGAUGCAUCUUAUGACUUUAUGAGUAGUUACUAUACGG